CUUUUGCUUUCUCAGUGUUGCAGGUGGAGAGCUCUUCGACUUCUUAGCUGAAAAAGAGUCUCUUACAGAGGAGGAAGCCACAGAAUUUCUCAAGCAAAUACUUAACGGUGUUCAGUAUCUCCAUUCUCUUCAAAUUGCCCACUUUGAUCUAAAGCCUGAAAAUAUAAUGUUGUUGGACAAAAAUGUACCAAAGCCUCGAAUCAAGAUUAUUGACUUCGGUUUAGCACACAGAAUUGAUUUUGGAAAUGAAUUCAAAAAUAUUUUCGGAACACCGGAGUUUGUUGCUCCCGAAAUAGUAAAUUAUGAGCCUCUUGGUCUUGAAGCAGAUAUGUGGAGCAUUGGUGUAAUAACUUACAUCCUUCUGAGUGGUGCAUCACCAUUUCUUGGAGAAACCAAGCAGGAAACAUUAGCAAACGUGUCUGCUGUGAAUUACGAAUUUGAAGAAGAAUUCUUCAGUAAUACCAGUGCCCUAGCUAAAGAUUUUAUAAGAAGACUUCUAGUCAAGGAUCCAAAGAAGAGAAUGACAAUUCAAGAUAGUUUGCUGCAUCCUUGGAUCAAGCCUAAAGACACUCAGCAAGCACUGAGUAGGAAAGCAUCUGCAGUGAAUAUGGAGAAAUUCAAGAAAUUUGCAGCACGGCGAAAAUGGAAAGUAAGUCAUUCAAUAAAUCGUCUCAGUGCUGGUAACAUAUAAAUCCAAUAGUGUUAC